AACAUCUUUCAGGCACAGAGCGUUGUCGUGGAAGUAUUGUUUUUGUCAAUAUUUCUUCUUGCAAGCAAAACAGAGAUAGAGAGAGAGAGAGAGAGGACAGGGUCACAGGGGGGAUGGGGAUGGUGGCAAAUCUGUUAAUAUCAUGAAAAAGAACUCUCUGCUUUUAGAUUUCCAUUACCCUUUUCUCUCUUCCUCUCUAUUACCUUAAAAGUUUUCUUUUUUUGGUUCCCUUUUUCACUUCUUUAUUGCUGAUUUUUAAGCUUCAGAUUACUUAACUUGUUAAUAGCUAAUUAUUUCUAGGAAAAUUUGGUAAAGGGGUAAUCAUUUUCUGUUGAUUUAGAUUGGAAAGUUUCUUCCUUUUUCUGCGAGAAGCAGGAGGUGUGUAUGUUCUCUGUUUUCUUUUUUUAAUAUAGAGUUCGACUGUUUUAAGGUUCUGGUUUGCUUCUUCUUUUUUUUUUUUUGGCAAUAAAGCUUAUGUUUUGGUUGAUUAUCCUCCGUGGGUAAUAAGAAUCAAGGUAGAAUAGGUGAAGAAGUAAGAGAUAUUUUGCAGAGGAGUGUUUUAAAGAAAGCAUAUUGAAUUGUGUGAGAUUCUGGCUGAUGGGUAUCUUAGAUCUUCAAAUCUAGCAUGGGAUCCUCUCCUUUAAAGCUCGAAAGAACUUGGUUGUGUUGUAGAUCUUCCAAUUCUUGGAUUAGGUACAUACGUAUAUCUAAACAUAUUCCGCUUGUUUGGGGUUUGAGAGAUUAGUGUUUUACAUUGAUGGAUUGAACUAGUACUUGUUUUGGCUGCAAUGUUAAGAGCUAUAGCUCUUGUAUUAUUGGUGUUUCAGCUUGUUGUCUCAGUUUCUGGCAAUGAUUGCACAUGUGAUGAUGAAGGCUUUUGGAGUAUACAUCGCAUUUUAUACUGCCAAAGAGUGAGUGAUGCACUUAUUGCUGUAGCCUAUUUUUCAAUCCCCCUUGAGAUUCUUUUCUUUGUUAGCUGCUCAAAUUUUCCAUUCAAAUGGGUGCUUCUUCAGUUUGUAGCAUUUAUAGUCCUUUGUGGAUUAACACAUUUGCUCAAUAUAUGGACUUACUAUGGCCCCCAUUCAUUCCAGUUAAUGCUAUCCCUCACCAUUGCCAAAUUUCUCACAGCCCUUGUUUCAUGUGCAACUGCCAUAACUCUUUUGACUUUGAUACCUCUCCUUCUUAAGUGGAAGGUAAGAGAGCUGUUCUUGAAGCAAAAUGUGUUGGAAUUGGGCCAAGAGGUAGGAAUGAUGAAGAAGCAGAAGGAAACGAGUUUGCACGUUAGGAUGUUAACGCGGCAAAUCAGGAAGUCACUUGAUAAACAUAACAUAUUGUACACCACUCUGGUUGAGCUUUCUAAGACACUAGAUUUGCAGAAUUGUGCAGUGUGGAUGCCAAGUGAGAAUAUGAUGGAGAUGAACCUCACUCAUGAGUUGAAGCCAAGUUCUUCUAAGAGUUUUCGGUUUUCUAUCAAAAUUAAUGAUCCUGAUGUGUUGGAGAUAAGAGAAAGCAGGGGGGUGAGGAUUCUGAGACCAGAUUCAGCCCUUGGGAUUGCAAGUGGGGGUGGGGGUGGGUCUGAUGAGUCAGGUGCUGUGGCAGCAAUUCGAAUGCCAAUGCUCCAGGCUUCUAACUUCAAAGGAGGGACACCAGAGUUUGUUGAUACUUGUUAUGCUAUACUGGUCUUGGUUCUUCCUGGUGCAAAUUCUAGGGUCUGGAGUUAUCAUGAAUUGGAAAUCGUGGAAGUGGUUGCUGACCAGGUAGCUGUGGCUUUAUCGCAUGCCGCGGUUCUUGAAGAAUCUCAGCUGAUGAGAGAAAAACUGAGUGAGCAAAACCAUGCUUUGCAGCAAGCAAAAAAGAAUGCGAUGAUGGCAAGCCAGGCUAGGAACUCCUUUCAAAAGGUGAUGAGUCAUGGAAUGAGGAGGCCUAUGCAUUCUAUUUUAGGCCUGCUUUCAAUGUUUCAAGAUGAGAACAUUAGUGGUGAUCAAAAGAUCAUUGUUGACACACUGGUAAAGACCAGCAGUGUGCUGUCGGCAUUGAUAAAUGAUGGAAUGGAUAUUUCAGUGAAAAAUAAUGGAAAGUUCGCAAUGGAGAUAAGAAGCUUUCGGCUGCAUUCUAUGAUCAAGGAGGCUUCUUGCCUUGCUAAAUGCUUAUGUGUAUAUAGAGGCUUCGGUUUUGAAAUUGAUGUUCAAAGCACUUUGCCUGAUCAAGUGAUAGGUGAUGAGACGAGGGCAUUUCAAUUGAUUUUGCAUAUGGUUGGAUAUCUCUUGGAUGCCUAUCAGAAAGGAACUUUGCUCUUUCGGGUAGUCUUAGAGAGUGGUAGUGAAGAAAAAAUUGACAGAACAUUAGGAAUGUGGAGAUCAUCUUUGCCAGAUAACUAUGUUUGCGUAAAGUUUGAAUUUGAGAUCAUGGAGAGAAAUUCUGUGUCAGAAGAUUCAAUCAUAAAUCAACAUUCCUCUGCCAGGAGGCACAGGAGCAAUCAAAUUGAGGAGGGACUUAGCUUUGGCAUGUGCAAAAAGCUUGUGCAGAUGAUGCAUGGUAAUAUCUGGGUAUCCUCAAACUCCAUUGGUGUAGCUCAAAGCAUUGCACUUGUUCUCAGGUUUCGGAUCCAACCAUCCUUUGAAAGAGCCAUAUUUGCUUCUGGGAGUUCCUUGGAGCAACCAAGAUCGUACUCCAAAUUUAGAGGCAUUCGAGCUAUACUAGCUGAUGAUGAUGAUGUAAACAGGACUGUUACAAAAAAACUGCUAGAGAAGCUAGGGUGCGUAGUAACUGCUGUUUCAUCUGGAUUUGAAUGCCUUAGUGCUUUGAGCAAUGCGGAAAAUACUUUCAGAAUUGUGAUAUUGGAUCUUCAAAUGCCGGAAAUGGACGGAUUUGAAGUGGCAAUGAGAAUUCGGAAGUUCCAUAGUCACACCUGGCCGGUGAUCAUAGCCCUCACAGCCAGUGCAGAGGAUCAUAUAUGGGAGAGAUGCCUGCAUAUUGGCAUGAAUGGAGUGAUUCGGAAACCUGUUCUCUUACAAACAAUGGCAGAUGAACUUCGGAGAGUUCUGCAACAGGCAGGUGGAGUGUGAGGCUGAAGUCAUGAAAAUGAUCUGGCAUUGAUUCUAUUAAAAGCCUUUUUGGGUUUCAUUCUGAGAUCCAAGAUUUGAAGAAAGUAGCAAAUUCACACUCCAAUUUCUCAUGUGAUUUCCUAAACAAAUGAUGCUAACCAUGAUCAUGUUGAAUCUAAGAGUUUCAUGUAAUGGGUUACAUCAUUUUAUCAGGCUACUUGUUUAUUGGAGAAAGCAUGGUAUCAGCUACCAUGGGUUAAUAUAAUGUAAUAUUCACAGAACACAAAAUUGAUAUUGUAAUUCAGGUCUUUGAAACCAGAAGAACAGAAUAACAAAUUCCCCUUAUUUUGCUUGGUAUCC